GAAACAAAAAUACGUCACGAGGCGAACAGAUGGACCAAAAGUCUGAUCAAUGGUUUGGAGCAACUUUGAGCAGUGUUGGAGUAAAUGGACCAGUUGUGGCCUGUGCACCUAGAUAUGUCUUCAGAUCUAACACGAUAACCAGUACAAGAUCUAGUCAAGUCAACACAAGAUCUAAGGAAGAAAAGCGAGAUCCUGUUGGCACGUGCUACUUAGCCAAGAACAAUUUUACUGAAUUUGUUGAAUUUUCACCUUGCAGAACAAGUAAGUGA